AUGAUGAGCGAGCAUUUGGACGGAAUGAACAACAGUAAGAAAAUCAAUGCCAUGAAACAGCAAGAGGUCGGGACGAUCAUGUCCCAAAAUGAAACAAGCAUGGAUUACUACUAUCAACAAGAACAAGAAUUAAUUCCGAAUCAAAUGUUGUCUACGAAUACGUUUAUUUUACCUCUCUAUACUCCGAUUUAUAUUCAGAACAAGUUGAAUCAUAGAUAUUUAUCGAUACCAUCCUCAAGGAGGAGUUUGAUCAUGCCUCCAACGACAUCGGAACCAUGCAAUAAUUGUUCGUCAAUUUUAAUUUUUGAAAAUUACAUGACAAGUAGUGUCAGUAGUGAUGAUGGUCAUCUUGCAACCGAAACGACAAAAAAUGAAGGAAAAUCCAAAACACCAUUGUCAUCAUCUUCUCAUUCUCGAUCACAGAUAGCUUCUCUGUCGUCACCACCUUCCUUGAGCGAUCUUGGCAAAAAUAUUGAUCGCCACAAAGAUUUUUUCAUGACAGAAAAACCCAUUACUCGAUUUAUCUAUACUGGAGAUUCUAAUUUUCACAUUCUUGAAAGAGAGGAUUUAUUUUAUCAUGUGGAGAGUUUGGAGGUUCUCGAUUGUCAACAACACGAAAUAAUCAAAUCAAAAUUUAACGAAUCUUUUUCACAAAAGUGGCACAUUGGUAAAUGUAACACCUCUCAUACCUACGGGUUAAUUCGGUCCAUUGAAAACCCCAAGCUUAAACUAUAUUAUGAUGGAGAGAAUGUAUUCCUAAAGGAAGAAAAAGACAAUGUGGCUGAAAUGGAUGAUGGAUAUUUGUGGAAAUUUGUUUUAGAGGAACGGCCUCAAUACAGUUUUUUAAACCGAUUACAGACCUCUUCCAAUACCUACAAGACCAUUUCCAAAAAUAGCAAAUUAUAUGUCACAGCUCUACCUAAUAACCAAUUAGGACUCGCAUUGUACAACUCAGUGUUAACAGGCUUUCUUUUGGCUCUCAAUAAUGGAAAUACUCAAUUUUUCAAAAUUACUCUCGAUGGUUUUAUUGAAUCCAAAAUAGCAUGCCCUACCGACAAGACAGGGAAAAUGGUUGUGACUUGGGAUUUGGAAGAGAACAAAAUCAAACUCGCCAAAAACGAAAAUCUUUUGAAUCAGAAAUGGAUCAUUGUUCCUCAUCACAAAAAUCACAAUCUCUUCAAAAUUCAUUCCGUCUAUGAACCUAUUUAUAUUUUGGACACGUACAAGAUUGAGAAAAACUCACUUUUAUGCAUUAAGGAAUUAGAAGAAGACAUUGACGAUCUCUAUUGGAAUAUUGAAUGA